CACGCACAAUAGACUAAAACCCAGUGUACCAUCCUCCUCACUUCCAGAUGUAGUAACUUGAAGUAUAAGAGCCCAGCUUUGGUCCUCUUAACAUUCCCCAACCAUAAUGAUCUCACCACUACCGCUACUUGCUCUGUUUACCCACCUUGCGACAUCCACCAUGUCAGCCAACACAACAACAACAACCAUUGAGCCCUUCAACCUCUCUGCCAAAGCAGGCACAGACAUCUGGCGCAAACCCCCCUCCACCAACGUCUUCAACGCUGCAUUCUAUCCCUCCACCCUCGCCACCUACCCCCUCAAGCAGUUCCAACGCGCAAAAAUCUCCUUUGCGCUCCCACCCUCCAACGAACUCCGCCGAUAUGACCAAGCCGGCCUCGUCCUCCACCUAACCAAAGAGGGCGUCGCCGAUAACGCCACAAAAUGGAUCAAGACGGGCAUCGAAUUCUACACUGGUAAACCGUUCGUCGCGACUGUUGGCUGCGACAUCUGGGCCGACUGGUCGCUAGUACCCAUGCCGGAGUUUGUAAAUGGCACGCAACCCGCUGCUACGAUUGAAGCACGCAAGGAGCAGGAUGAGCUUGGCAAGAGUUUGUGGAUUUACUGGAUUGUGAGGGAUGAGCAGGGCAAGGAGGUUGAGAGGCGCCCGUUGAGAGAAGUUAAUUGGUUUGCGGCGGCGGAGGAUGAAGGAUGGAACGUUAGUAUUGCGGGCUAUGUGGCUAGGCCUACUACAGCCGGGGGUAAUGAAUUGCUUGAGGCGGAGUUCAAGGAGGGUCUUGAGAUUGAGGUCUCGAAGUGAAUUGGUCUUUAGCGAGGCUUUUUUUUGUCCGAGUUGUUGGGGGGUUGAGUGAAGUUGGAAGCCUGAUUGAGGGCUUUUCUCUUGUCUUUCACUCUCACCUUCACUUCGUUUACUAUCUAGAUUCACACACAGAUAAAAAAUCACGCUCUGUGCAGUGCAUUUACUCUCUAUCACAAACACUGUCUCUUACUUCUUUUCCCCCACUAAACGCAAGGAAUACUGCAUCUAUCCGCUUUCUCGCCUCUGCAUUCAAUUGCACUCAACACAUAUUCACAAACACUCUCAAAUAACC